GUUGACUGGUUCGUUGGCACACUAAUCUCGUCCACAAACAGGAGGACAAAAUGGAAAAGGGAGAUACCGUCAUCAAUGUCGGACCGGUAGACGUAACCCUGUCAUACCGCAGAGAAAUCAUGCCCGACCAGGGUUUGAUGGUGCAGGUAUAUGGCGACGUUGACGGCCAGGAUACUGAAAUCCUGCGCUUCGACUGCUUCGACCAGGCCCCGCAUUACCACUAUGGCCCGGAGAACAUGAACAUCCGGCUGCCCAUGGACAAGACCACUGUCGGCACCCCGUUGGGUUGGACGUUGAGCAACAUCCGCACCAACCUGGCAGCCAUGGUUCGCCGCUCCGGUUACGAUGACCUGGCCAGCGAAAUCCAGGCAAACCCGGUCGACCAGAUCAAGAUGGACGAAGUGGAGGCGUGCGCCCUGUCCAAGUCUCGCGACGAGCGCCGCACAGUAACCCAUUUCCGCGGCGACCACGUUUUCGAGGCUGGCAACAUUCGCUUCGGUGUGGAAUACCGGGACAACAUCGGCGCGGCCAACGACCGCGGCGUCGCGAUCCACGUCCUGACCGACCACUUGGGCCAAGAGUUCGAGCUCCUGGCUUUCGACUGCUUCGAGAUCGCACCCCACUACCACUACGGCCCGCGCAAUCAGGACGUUCGUGUGUAUUGGGACACCACCACCAGCGGUCACACCCUGGCGUGGACGCUCGAGCAGUUCAAGGCUGGCAACCUGGCCAACAUGAUUGACCGGGCCGGCUACCCAACCGUAGCCUCCGGGGUCGACAACCAUCUGGUACAGGCUAUCCUCCCCACCAUCGAGGAGAAGGCCUGGGCCUUGGUAGGCACCAACCAAAGGUAA